GAAAAAUUUAACGACGCGAUCUCUUGCCAUUUAACGAUAAUAAAGCCGAUAUCUCCAAGUUAUCUGUCUGUCGUCGUAGUGUGAACUGAUAAAACCAUCGGCUAUGAUUGGAGCUGAUUGACGUUGGUGACCACUUCGUCAACACGUGCGUAAAUCGAUAUAUAUAUAUAUUCAAAGAAGUAUGACAGAGUAUCUACGGCGAUCAUGAUAUGUAUAGCUAUCGCAGGUACUGGCGGGGAAUACGUUGAGGGUACAUGUGUCUAUUGACAGAGUGUUUCUUGUAAAAAGAUAGUCGACUUGUGAUACUCACAUCUUGCACAAAAUCUAGAUUACGUACGUAGAUCUAUCUCGAUACACAAUAAUCCAAUGAUAUAUAACACCAAUCCCGGGGAAAUAACGAGAGGAGCAAAUGCUUCUUAUUUUAUGCAUGACAACUUGACUAAAAAAACUUUUAUAUAUAGAUCUUAUUAACAAUGUGUCUUAAUGCAGGAGUAAAUUGUAAAUAUGUGCCACAUCUGUAAAGAAUUUUCUAUGAUCAUUUGGUGCAACUAAUUCUAACAGCUUAAUAAUUAAUAAUUAACAACAAAGCUUCCUAUAAUAAGAUGCACGAGAAUAAUGGUACAAAUGAUAUGAGAGAGAUCAAUGCGACGGAUGUUACUGACUCUAUUUUGUACACUAUAUUGGUGAACGAUCUUGGGACAGUCUCAACAGGCAUGGCGAGUACAAUUUACAACGAGAAUACGUCCAUGACGACGUAUGUAGAACUGACACAGGAAAAUGAGAGUAACCAGUGGUUACGAAAUAUAUCUAAAACCGCUGUAACUUCACUAUCUGGAUCUACAGCGAUACCAUUUAAUACUUCGAAAAGUACCGCAAUUUACACCUCAACCACAGAAUCCUUCGAUGAAUUUGGUCCGCCGGAAGGAGUAGAAUAUAUUUUUGUGCCACUUGGUGUGGUCGUCUCUGUUAUUAUACUAUCAGCUGUGGUACUAAUCAUAUCGAGGAAGCGCAAGUUGGAGCGUUUAAGGCAUAGACUUAUGCCAAUGUAUAACUUUGAUCCCGGAGAUGAGGAAGAGGACGACUGGGAGACUGAACUAUUGGAUGAAUGCUACAAUACGCAUCAGAGACGACAAGGAUACCAAUCUAUGGAUACAGAAGAGAAUGCAGAACUGUUCAGUGAUCGUAUCAUCUCCAAUAAGAUAAACUACAAAGAAUAUGGAAGAAUUCCGAAUCAUCUGUGUAUACAUGUAUAUUGUGUGCAGUUCAUGUGAAAAAAAAUAGUACAUGAUUUAAUAUUUUUCAUCGAGAUACUAAAAAUUAUGUUCUUUAUUCGCUGAUAAUUCUUCAACUUGCAAAACUAGUGCCAUAUAUCGGUAAAAAGAAUAAUGAAAAGUAUAGCAGCAAAUAUAUUGUGCAACUAUAUUACACACACAUACACAUACAUAUACGUACAUAUAAAUAUACAGCAUAAAAUAUAUGUAAAAUGUGAAUGUAUCUUUUCAAAGAUACAUUAACCUUAUAUGUAAGAACCGAUAAAACAAAGUUGUGUAUCGCUGUUAUUGAAAUACUACAGAUAAUGAGUCUCGAAUCUCAAAAAAAAAAAAAAAAAAAAAACAAAACAAAACAGAAAACAAAAUAAAAAAAG